CGCCGCGCGCGGGGCGUUAGCGGCCCCUUUGGGGGCCGCCCCCGCCCGCAGCCUGACGGUGCGCACCCUCUCCCCAGGAGGACCCCGUCCUGAUCCGGCCUUUCCGAGGCCACACGGCGGCGGUGACAGGCGUCGCCUUCAACGCGGACGCAGCAGGGCUGGCUACCUGCUCUUUGGAUAGGUUUCUUAUGGUGUGGAAACUGAAGACACGAUGCAGAGCUUACAGAUUUGUAGGCCAUGUGGAAGCAGUGACCAGUGUAGAGUUCUCACCAGAUGGGCAGCUACUGGCUUCAUCUUCUCAAGAUCAUACUGUCAGACUAUGGGUUCCUUGCAUUCAUGGAGAAUCAUCAGUAUUGAAAGGUCAUACAGCAUCUGUUCGUAGUGUGAGCUUCUCCCACGAUGGCUGCUCUCUAGUUUCAGCAUCCAAUGAUAAAUCAAUAAAAAUAUGGAGUGUUUGCAGUCAGCGCCUUUUGUUUACCCUAUUCCAACACACUCGUUGGGUUCUCUGUGCCAAAUUUUCACCUGACGGAAGAAUAAUAGCAUCUUGCAGUGAGGAUAAAUCUGUUAAGAUCUGGGAUACAAGAAAUAAAACUUGUAUUAAUAGCUUCUCAGAUUAUGAAGGAUUUGUAAAUUUUGUGGAUUUCAACCCAAGUGGAACGUGUAUAGUUUCUGCAGGUUCCAAUCAUACAGUGAAACUGUGGGAUAUUCGAGUAAACAAGCUACUGCAGCAUUUCAAAGUUCACAGAGCAGGGGUUAAUUGUGUAUCAUUCCAUCCUUCUGGUAACUACCUCAUCACUGCUUCUACUGAUGGUACCCUUAAGAUUCUGGACCUCUUAGAAGAAAGACUUAUUUACACUCUCCAUGGACACAAGGGACCUGUACUUUCUGUGGCUUUUUCAAAAGGUGGUGAAAAAUUUGCCUCAGGUGGAGCAGAUGCUCAGGUAUUACUAUGGAAAACCAACUUUGAUUCUUUUGAUUAUAAAGAAGUUCUUAAACACAAUUUUAGAAGAACACAUAUUGAUGAACCUCCUCAUCUUCUUGAUAUUUACCCGAGAUCACCUCAUCUCCAUGACGAAAAACUUCAGUCAGUUGAGGUUGACCCUACAUAUGAUGUAACUGAUAUGCAAACACCUGAUCCACCUGUCAUAGAGAUUAGAACCUCUUCAUCUUUCAGUACUCUGGGUGAUGGCAAAACUGAAGCGCUGCACCGGCCCCCUGCUUCAGUCUUGGCAAGAAGUUCAAAAAGGAAAUCAGAGAAUGAGAGCAGAUCAGCUGUGCAUAAUGAGGAGAAGCAAACAGGCAUCUCCCCCUCCCUGGACAGUGCUUUGGAGCACAUUGUGGGACAGCUGGAUGUGUUAACUCUAACAGUUUCAGUCUUGGAACACCGUCUGACUUCAGCUGAAGAUAAAUUGAAAGAAUGCUUAGAAGAUCAGCAAGUAUUACUUCAGGGAAGACAGGACAAAUAAAAGCUGAAAAUUAACUAUAUUGGUGAAUAUGUUUCUGCAUUGGAUUUUACUAUAAGCAAAAACAUCAAAUCAAUGUAAUAAAAACUGAAGAAAUUAAAAAAAGAAAAUUUUAAA